CAAGUCCUCUCAUUUUCAGACUCCUGUGGGAUCUGCUCCUGCAGUUUCUUUCCAUAAGGGUGUUAGCCAAAAGGCUUCCAGACCUCGUCCCAGACAAGACGGCUGGAUUCCUCCUUGGGACCUGCUCCUGCAAUCCAGAACCAAAGAGUGAGGGGGAGAAAGGUUGCUGAUACGAAUGGGCGGCUUCUGCCUCUUCCGGGACCUCCUUUGAGACUCCAGAGCCUCACCUGACUUUUCCAGAGAGAGACAGAGAGGGAGGCAACAGACUCCUUCCGCCCUCCGCAGAGGACGGUCCUGGGGCCGGAGAGUUGGGGAGGGAGUGAGACCAGAGCUGUUGCCCAGAACCCGGAGGGAGAGAGGAGGAGACGCUUUGCCAGACGGAGGCGCGUCGCAGAGAACUCAAACUUUGGCGGCAACCACCCUGGGGCUGAACGUGACAAAGCAAGAAGAUGGCCGAGAUUAACACCCAGAUCUCCCACCCUGCGGUAAGAACCAUGGACAGAGAUCUUGACCACGUUGAAAAUGGCCUCAGCAGGGUCCACUCGCCGAGCAAGGAGACUUCGUCAGAACUGAAGCAGGAGAUCGCCAUGGAGACCAGAGGACUGGCAGAGUCCAGGCGAAGCUCCUACACCAGCCAGGGGCCCGCUAGGAUGUCUCGCCUGAUCAUCUCACUGCGAGCCUGGACUACCAGGCACUUACACCAUGAGGCCCAGAGAACGGACUCCUUCCUGGAGCGUUUCCGUGGAGCUGAGCUCAAGGAGGUGUCCAGCCGAGAAAGCAAUGCCCAGUCAAAUGUGGGCGGCCAGGAGCCACCAGACAGAGGAAGAAGAAACAAGGACAGCGUGGUGGUGGACCCCUCCGGCAACAUGUACUACCGCUGGUUGACUAUCAUUGCCCUGCCUGUCUUCUAUAACUGGUGUCUUCUGGUGUGCAGGGCCUGUUUCGAUGAGCUACAGUCCGAGCACGUGAUGCUGUGGCUGGUCCUGGACUACUCGGCAGAUGUCCUCUAUGGCUUGGAUGUGCUGGUGCGAGCCCGGACAGGCUUCCUUGAGCAAGGCUUGAUGGUCAGGGAUGCCCAGAGGCUUUGGAAGAAUUACACAAAGACCGUGCAUUUCAAGCUGGACAUGUUGUCCCUGGUCCCCACAGACCUGGCUUAUUUUAAGUUCGGUAUAAACUACCCAGAACUGAGGUUCAACCGCCUAUUGAAGUUUGCCCGGCUCUUUGAGUUCUUCGACCGCACAGAGACAAGGACCAACUACCCCAAUUUGUUCAGGAUCGGGAACUUGGUCUUGUACAUCCUCAUUAUCAUCCACUGGAAUGCCUGCAUCUACUUUGCCAUUUCCAAGUUCAUUGGUUUUGGGACAGAUUCCUGGGUCUAUCCAAACAUCUCAAACCCAGAGUAUGGACGCCUUUCCAGGAAAUACAUUUACAGUUUCUAUUGGUCCACCUUGACCCUGACCACCAUCGGGGAGACCCCACCCCCUGUGAAAGAUGAGGAGUAUCUGUUUGUGGUCAUAGACUUCCUAGUGGGCGUCCUGAUUUUUGCCACCAUUGUUGGCAAUGUGGGCUCCAUGAUCUCGAACAUGAAUGCUUCACGGGCCGAGUUCCAGGCCAAGAUUGACUCUAUUAAGCAGUACAUGCAAUUCCGCAAGGUGACCAAGGACUUGGAGACACGGGUGAUCCGGUGGUUUGACUACCUGUGGGCCAACAAGAAGACGGUGGAUGAGAAGGAGGUGCUCAAGAGUCUCCCAGACAAACUGAAGGCCGAGAUCGCCAUCAAUGUGCACCUGGACACUCUGAAGAAGGUCUGCAUCUUCCAAGACUGUGAGGCAGGGUUGCUGGUAGAGCUUGUGCUCAAGCUGCGGCCUGCAGUGUUCAGCCCAGGCGAUUACAUCUGCAAGAAGGGGGACAUCGGGAGGGAGAUGUACAUCAUCAAAGAGGGCAAGCUGGCUGUGGUGGCUGAUGAUGGGAUCACCCAGUUCGUGGUCCUGAGUGAUGGAGGUUACUUUGGGGAGAUCAGCAUCUUAAACAUCAAGGGGAGCAAGUCAGGGAACCGCAGGACAGCCAACAUCAGGAGCAUCGGCUACUCAGACCUGUUCUGCCUUUCCAAGGAUGAUCUGAUGGAGGCUCUCACCGAAUACCCGGAAGCCAAGAAGGCCCUGGAGGAGAAGGGACGGCAGAUCCUGUUGAAGGACAACCUGAUUGAUGAGGACCUGGCCAAGGCCGGAGCAGACCCCAAGGAUAUCGAGGAGAAGGUGGAGCACCUGGAAUCCUCCCUGGACACCCUGCAGACCAGGUUUGCACGGCUCCUGGCUGAGUAUAACGCCACCCAGAUGAAAGUGAAGCAGCGUCUCAGUCACCUGGAAAGCCAGGUGAAGAUCUGUGGGAGUGACCCUCGGUCUGACGGGGGUGCUCCUGGGGAGGCUGAGAAAACAGAGACCAAACAAGAGUGAGAGGCAGAGGUCCAUGCGUGUCCUCCUUCCCAGAGUCAGCCGUUGGUGUGAUGCACAGUGACCGCAGAUAAACGGCCCAGGACUCGGUGAGGUUGCAUUCCCGUUCUCCUUACCCUUUGUAGGCCAUGUGGCCCUGGGAGAGAGCCUCAGUUUCCUCAUUUAGGAAGGGGGGCUCAUCCUGUCAGCCCCAGUUAAGUGGCAGGUUAUUGUGAUAUCCCCAUGGAACACUUGCAUGGGGCAGGGUUUGGUGCAGUGUGAGGUGUCCCCAGUCCACGAAUACGAAAGUGUGGGCACAGAACCCUUAUUUGUUUUUAAUCCAUGGGGAACUUUUAGACUUUUGAACCUUAUUUUCUUGUAAAUGGAAGAUUAUUUAGUCACCCACCCCCUCGCAUGCCCCACGCCACCACCUUCUGAUAAGGGAGAUGUAACAGAAGCUAGAAGUGCAACGUGGGAUCUCAAAUUCAACCUUACACGAGACGGUUUGGGGCACAUUUCUGAAUCUCAUUUCUCCUAGCGUGCUCUUUGGGAUUCUAGAAAUCCUGGCCUUUGGUCAUGCUGUGAUAAGCAUAAGGGAUGAAGCCAAGUCACCCCAUUUGAGGUCACUUCGAGCCUUUGAAGCAAACCCAGACUCCCUGCCGUCCAGCCCCCGUGAAACCCCGAGAACAUCUCGAUGAGGGAAAGAAACAUCUUCUAAUUCACCAGAGGGGUUUGAAGACAGCCUCUCCCCUCAUUUCUGAGUCAGGAACAGGGGCAGCCUGUUCUGGGUUGAGGGGGAGAGUUAUGUUCGGGGGAGAGCCUUUCAGGUUGGAGGUGGGGGUCCUUAGUCAACCAAUGCUGCCAACUAGAACUUUUAGAAGACCAGACCUUUAGGCCAUAUCUUUGCAAACUGCCUCUCCACUCCAAGAGGAAGCCUCACUCUCCUUUGGAAUCAUAUCCAGUGGCAAAGCUCUCAUCUAGGCGGAAGUGUGCCCAGGACAGGACCUCCCUUUUUACUUUUUUUAUCCAGUAAAUAGAAUUCCAUUACCAUUGUAUAAGAUGUUUCUAUAUUUGGGCUCUAUGAUUAUGAAUUAUAACCUUAAGGGCCUAUCCUUCUCUUAAAUACACAUUGUAAAUUACCCAAAGGUGAGUCAUUCUUCUGAUACAGAGAAGCCACAUGUGAAGGUUUCCUUCUCUCUUCUCUUUCUCCUUCCUUUCCUCCUCCCUCUCUCCCUCCCUCCCCCCACCUUCCUUCCUUCUCUCUUUCUCUGCUGUUCCAACUUCUCCUCUUCUUCUGCUUCCUCUUUCUUCUCAGAAAAAAAAAAUGCCCCAUUUUGCUUCAGCAACUUUGAAGUUUAUAAUCCAUAUGCUACAUAACUGGGCCCUAAUGUAGUUCAUACAAAAGGUGCUGCAUUUUCAAGUAUGUAUUUUGGAUUUAUAUGGGUCUCUUCUGGUUUUUAUUAUGGAUCAUUUAGCCAUUUUAACUUUCUAAAAUGAAUUUAAAAGGACUAUUAAAGGAAGAUGUGAUCCAAGCUCACACCAUCAACAAAUUGUAACUAGCAAUGUAUUCUCAAAAUGCAUAUAUUUUAAAAGCCUUAACUAUUAAUUAUAUAUACAUUUAUAUUUGCACAGGAAAGAGACCUGGAUUAAAAAAAUAUUGAAUGA